CUUUAGCACAAAAAUAUCUGUCAAAUAAUGGCUACAGCCAAUGAAAAAUCGAGCUUUUUGGAGUAAAAUUAGUAUUAUUUUUAGUAAUAAAAAUGUAGAUGUGUAAAGAUUUGAAAAAUCUUGAAUAAUGUCAAGUGAUUGUGUGUUGGUAUAAUAUCUUUUAAACGAGAAAAAAAUAAUCAUUUAAUAGAAUCAACGAAAAGGUGUGCUGUUACGACGUAUGCGUUGUGGGGCGGUUACCUGUGACGUUUCUAAAUGACAUUUUGCUUACUAUUAGCUGUCGUCGCUCCGAUUUGACAGGAGAGAACGACAGCAUUGUGAAUAUAUUGAAUUGUUAAUUUAAUUCAAGUGAAUAAUAAUGAACGCAGGACGACGCACGAUCAUUUACGUGCGUUGUUUUGCGAUAUAUUUCAACAAUAAUUAAGUAGAGUAUAAUCAUCAAAUAUGAACAUAAUGCGAAAAUUGCGAGGUGCAAGCACGGUUGGAGGAAUGGGUUCCAGUAGUACUGGAAGUGUAGACGACUGUGUCGGUGGUAAUAACCCACAACACACAGCUUUAGGAUUGAUGCAUCUAAAAAAAUUAUUUUCUGAAUAUACCCAUCCGCCACAAUCGCUUUCUGACGCAGAACGAGAUGAUAAACUUUAUAAUAUGUUACCAUUAUUUUGCAAGGUAUUUGGAUCUAGUCCUUCAACAGAUAUGAGUGAAAAAUUUUGGGAUAUUUUAGCUUUUACUCAACAAGUGUCCAAUCUGAUGGUGUCAGAAAUAAGAAAAAGAGCUAGUAAUCAGAGCACAGAAACGGCCAGUUGUGCUAUAGUUAAAUUUUUAGAAAUUGAAAAUAGUGAAGAAUCAAGUAAUGGAUGGAUGCUAUUGUCAACCUUGAAUUUGUUAGCAGCUGGUGAUACUUGUUUAAUUCAAGCAAUGACAACAGCUUCUGUACCAUCAACACUUGUGAAAUGUCUGUAUUUAUUCUUUGACUUACCAGAAAUGAAUGAUACAGAAGCUGAUGCUACUGAUGCCAAUAGUGAAUUUACUCCUCGCGAACGAAGAAUAUUGUUACAAAAAAUAUUUGUUCAAUUACUUGUACGAUUAUGUAGUCAUCCUUAUCCCGCAGAGGAAUUGGCACGAAAGGAUGAUUUGACACUACUAUUUUCAGCAAUAACAAGUUGGUGUCCACAAUAUAAUGUAAUGUGGCGUAAAAGUGCUGCUGAAGUAUUAAUGACAUUAUCACGACAUGGUUUAACAAAAAAUGUUGUUGCUUAUAUUCACAAUAAAAGAUGCAUAGCUCUUUGCAUUGACAAUAUGCAACGUGUACCUGAACUAGCACCGCUGGAAGUAGUGGAGAUGUUUGUCACGGUAUUCUGUUUUUUAAAAGAUUCAAGCGAAGUAUCACAAACACUGUUGGAUGAUUUUCGUGCUUGUCAAGGUUAUAUUUUUUUGUCUGAAUUUUUAUUAAAACAUGCACCUUCAAGAUUAGAACAAGAUGAAAAGGCAGAAGCUCAAGAUGCUAUUCGAAAUUUAGUAUUAAUGCUAGCAUCUUUAACAAUGUGUGGACAUACAGAAUUAAAACCAAGUCAAGCAAGUAUGGAUUCAUUAUUUCAGAUGCUUGGAUUUACAUUACCUCAACCAAGCAAUCGUGGUGGAAGUGUGAGAAAUAUUCAAGCAUUUCAAGUACUCCAGUCUGUAUUUGUUAAAUCAAAUUCUCCACUUUUAUGUUGUACAAUACUUGAUGCCAUAUCCAGUGUAUAUCAUAGCGACAAUGCUAAUUAUUUUAUACUUGAAGGUGAAAAUACUCUGUCGCAAUUUGCCGAAAAAAUACAUCUAAAAAAUCCGGAAAUUCAACAGAAAUUUUUCCAAUUAUUAGAAUUUAUUGUAUUUCAGCUUAACUUUGUGCCUUGUAAAGAACUCAUAUCUCUUUCAAUUCUUCUCAAGUCUAAUCACUCAGUGAGCUGUAGUAUAAUGGGCAUGGAAACUUUAUUAAAUAUACUGCGUCAUAAUGUAAUAUUCAAAGAUGUCUAUAGAGAUGUGGGUAUACUUGAAAUAUUUGUAACGUGUCUACACCGUUAUGCUACUUUACUAAAAGAUAAACAAUCCACAAAUGAUCAAGGUCUUGAGUACAAAAUGUGUCCGGAGCAAGAACGUUUAGGUGCAUUAGUAAUGGAAGCACUUACAACUCUAUUAGCAGGAAAUGUACAAAAUGCUAAAGUUUUUAGAAAAUGUACUGGAGCUCGAUGUGCUCAUAAUCUUGUUCCUUAUAUAGAUUGCCGUUUUCAAGCAUUGGGUAUCGUUAGAGAACUAAUUUUGAGUGCUGGUGGUGAUGAUGAUAUGGCUACUCUACUUGGAAUUAUGCACUCGGCACCACCAAAUGCUUUAACUCUCAAAACUCAUAUUUUGAAGACGUUACUUACAUGCCUACGAGAAUCUCAUCGAACACGAACAGUUUUUCGUAAAGUUGGUGGUUUUGUAUACGUAAUGUCAGUUCUUGUCUCUUUAGAAGGUCAGUUAGGAUCAGCAUUAACAUCAACAUCUUCAGAAUCUUGUAAUGAUACUCCAUUAAAAAAUUGUCAAGAUGAAGCACAACUUUUAACUCUUCUACAUGUUGUAUUUCAUACAAUAAGUACUGCAAUGCGAUUUGAACCAGCAAAUGCCAAAUUUUUUCAUCUAGAAAUUUGUCAAUCAAGCCUGUGUGAUACUCUUCGACUUUUAGGAUGUUUUUCAUCACAAAUUACUCUUACUGAACUUAAUAUUACUGUGCCACCAAUGAAUUAUCAUAAUACUCUACAAUCAUUAUUCAAUGGUAGUGUUUUAGAGCCAUCAUUUCCAAGUGAAAUGCCAAAAAGUCUUGCUUAUGCAUGUAUACUUUUUCGAUUACUUUAUGAUGUCGCUUUGGAUGCUUUUGAUCGACCAAAUUUUGCAGCUGUUGGUACACGAUCACCAUGUCAUAAACAAUCAAGCCUAGAAAACCAAAAGUCACUUGAUUCUCCAGGAAGUGGGAAACGUUGCAAUGUAAAUUCAUUGAAUUUAAAUCCACCAACACCUGAACCUAUCAUUGUUCAUCCAGGAAUUGUUGUGGCAAUGUUACAUUUAUUACCAUCAAUAACAGAACCAUCUAAUCCUGAAUAUGCCUUGGCUCUUCAAAUUUACAUUGCCGAGGUAAUUAAAAGUUUAGUUCGAUCGGAACGCAAUCAACAAGUAAUGUGUGAUGCUGGAAUGGCAGGCGAAUUAUUAAUUAUUGGAAGAAUUGCACUCCAAGAUGAAACUCAUCAACUUCAUCAACCAUUACAAUACAUUAUCGAACGCUUAGCAGCUCAAUCGUUGGAACCGAAAGACUUGAGAGAAUUUUUACGUCUUGGAGAUCCUCUUUGUUGUAUUUCCUUGGACGAUAUUGAACUAAAUAAACCCCGAGGUGGACCAGUUCCACUAACUAGAAUCAAAACGUUAGUAUCCAUGACAACACCAAAAGAUUUUAGAGCACAUGGUUCCUGUACACUACCACCAUUUGUAGAAUUAGAUAUGAGUGCUGAAGGUUUUGCAUCUCUUUAUUUACCUAGUAUAGCACCUCAAAGUACAACUCCACCAACAGUAGUUUCAGCAGACAAUAGUGUACUUGGUGGAAUUGGUUCUGGAGAUCGAUUUUUUCCACCUCAAACUGGAUUAACUUACAGUACAUGGAUAUGUGUUGAUAAAUUUAGUGAUUCCCGUACUGAUCCUCACUGUGUCAGACUAUUAACAUUAGUACGAAGUCCACCAUCAGGAGCAAGAGAUAUUAUUUGUUUUACAGCUAUUUUAAGUGCUAGAGAUAAAGCAAUUAUUGUUUCAACUCAAGAGACAACAAUGCCACAAAAUAUUGGAGAAUGGGAACCGGAGGGCAUUGGAGAAAAUGGAGCACGAGUCUGGUGUCCAGAUCUUCUUCAUGAAGGUCAAUGGCAUCAUAUAGCAAUUGUAUUAAAUCGAGCUGUUUUAAAAAAUUCAAGUUUUUCAUUAUACCUUGAUGGUCAGCAUAUUCAAAGUCAAAAGCUUCAUUACAUUACUCAAACUCCUGGUGGUAGCGCAUCAAAUUUAACAGUUGCAUCUCCAGUUUAUGGUUACAUUGGAACUCCACCAUGUUGGAGACGAUACUCAAGACUUUGCUGGAAACAAGGACCUUGUCAUUUGGUUGAAGAAGUAUUUAAUUCUCAAAAUAUUCUUACGCUAUUCAAAUUAGGCCCUCAUUAUAUGGGUAGUAUGCAAGCACCACAAUUUCUCAGCCCGGAACCUCUAUCAUCACUUUUAGCUGAGGAAAAAGUCGUUUUUGGAUUAAAUGCUAAAGCAAUGUCUCAAUUAACUUUAGCAAAAAUACGAAAAGUUUACAGUAGAACUGAUACUAAAUUUAUUGCUAAACAAUUGGGUAUGUCAUCACAUGAAAAUGCAACACCAAUUCGCGUUCUUCAUAAUUCUGCUGGACAUUUAAGUGGUCCAGCUAGAGCAUUAGGAGGUGUUGUAGUGGGUUAUCUUGGUGUUCGUGUAUUUAAUCCACGCCCUGUAGCAACAACAAUUGACAAUGUUGGUGGAUGUUCUGUAUUAUUAGGUCUUAUUGCUAUGGCUCAAGAUGUGGAAUCGCUAUAUGCUGCUGUAAAAGCUUUAGUUUGUGUAGUACGAUCAAAUCAAGCUGCCCAACAAGAAAUGGAUCGCCGUCGAGGAUAUCAAACUUUAGCAAUGUUAUUGAGACGAAAAUGUCCAUUAUUGAAUAGUCACAUUCUCCACUUAACAUUUAGUUUAGUUGGAACCGUAGAUAGUGGUCGAGAAACGAGUGCAAUUCCUAAUGUAACUGCAUUUCAAGAUUUACUAUGUGAUUUACAAGUUUGGCAUGAAGCUCCUGGAGAGUUAUUGCGGUCUUUACUUGAACAUCUAUAUGAAUUAAUAGCAGAAUCUAAUGAAAAAAGAACUAAUUUACGACUUAUGCGAGACUUGCAAUUGGUUCAUAAACUUUUACACAUUUUAAGUGAUGUCAAACAAAAUUCUACCAGACAGGUACUAUUAGCUUUAUUGAGUAUUUUAUUAGGACAGCCAAGGCAAGCUGAUUUAUUGUGGUUUGGUCAGUUCAUUGUUGCUACACUGCCAGUAGUAUCAGAGAAGCAUUUAAUUCCACGAGAAAAUGAAGGAGGGCUAAAAGAAGGAGAAGGAGAAAGUAUUUUAUUAAGAAAUAGAUGCUUACAAUUACUACAUAAUUUAUUAUUUAAUGGAUCUAAAGUCAAUAUUACUAUGUGUGAUGAAUUAGCUAAAAUACUUGGACUUGAUUGGGUACUUUUAUUUCUUCAACCGGGUCUUCAUAGUACCACAAUUGUCUGGGGAUUACGAAUACUUGUUGCAGUAUGUUCAGUACAAUCAAUUCUUCAAAAAUUUAAAGAAGGAACAAGUAAUGGUGGCUGGUUGAGGCACACAGAGCAUAAUAAAAUGGCUAUGGCACUUGGAUGUCAACAACAAACAUCUACUGGAGAAAUUAAACCAUCUGGACUUCAUGUUCCAGGAUUUCAACAUCUUGGUUGGUUACUCCCACAGCAUGUGGAUUUAGUUCCUGAACUCUAUUUUCUUUUUAUUGCCCUAAUGAUGGGCCAGCCAAUAAAAUUACUGCCAGCUGAUUCAAAAUUAGAGCUUGAUAAUGUGUGGAAUUUUAUGUUUGGUGUUCCAGCAAGCUAUUCACUUUCUUCAUUUGCUGGAAAAAUUAAUAUUUGUCCUGAAGCAGUUGUUACACUACUUUCUAUGGUACGCACGAUGCUUAAUAUGCAUUCUAAUAAUCCAGAAAGUAUACCAGAGUGGCUCAAUGAUUAUCCUGUAACAAUAAUUCAAUUUCUUUUUUUUUUAUAUCAUAAUUUUACUGAUUUUAUGCAAGUUUUCAUGUCAGGAGAAGUAUUAGGAGCUUUAGCAGGUACAUUAUUUCCUAAACCAUUAUCCGGAAGUCAAGAUAGUAGUGGAGCAAGCACUCCAGCUGAUGAACAAGAACCAGUUUUGGUUAGAUCACCAUCAAAAGAUAUUGGUUUAACGAAUCAUUCUGCCAAAAAAUUUGUUAUGGAUUUUCUACGUGUUAUUGUAGUAGAUUCAUUGUCUCUUCCUGUUACAGCUAAAUCACCACCAGUAAUUGAUUUAAUUUUGGAAGCUUGGCCAGAAUAUGCAUCUACUAAUCAACAAACUUGUUAUCAGACUGAAAUUUUAUCUCUACUAAUGGAGCACCUUUUGGCUGCUGAUGUAUUGAUUGGAGAACAAGCAGCUUUACCUGUAGUACCUGGUGGCUCUGUCAAUAAUAUAACUAAUAAUGUUUGUUAUGUGACUGCUAGAAUUGUAGAUAAAUUAUGGCAAGGAGUACUAACUAAAGAUCCUCAUGAAGUAUUUGACUUUAUUGUUAAACUUAUUGGCCAGGCUAAACGAAGAUCAGGAACAGUUAAUAUGGAAGGUCUUCAUCAUUGUUUAAAUAGAACAAUUCUUUUCUUAUUGUCAAGAGCAACCGAUUCAAUUGCUGAUCAGAUGGCUGUUUUAGAAGCUCUUCAUAAAUUAACGACUCACAGACUUCUUGUUUUUGGUGCUGGCAAUCAUGAAUUAGAAUUUAUCAGUUGUUUAACUUAUUGUUUACUUCAGUUGACUGCUGAUAUAAAAAUAAUGCUUGAUACAAAUAUGAAAACAACUUGGCAUGUUAAUCCCCAAGUAGAAUCAAGUGAUGAUAGAUUAACAUCACACCAAGGACAUAACUUAAUGGCUGUGGCAGCUACAAGAGUUUGGGAAGAGCUUUAUGUGUGUAAAAAACCUGCUAUUGAAGAGGUAUUUAAAAUAACUUUACCACCUUCAGUUGGAAAUGAACGUGCACCAGAUUUAACAUUAGUUAGAGAUUUAGUACAUGAACAAGCAACGAGAUUUUGGUUAAAUUAUGUUGUCUUAGAACGUAAAGCUUCUUACAGAGUGCCUUGGGAGCUACAUAAUCAGAUUCAGUCGAAAAUUCAAAAAGUUACUGGAGGAUUAACUCGAUUAGCAAGUAGAACUAAAGUGAGAAAAGAAGAAUCUAUUAAACCAAGAUUAAGACUUCAUCAUAGUACUGUUGCUCAAUGGACAGAGCAACAUGUCGGAUUAGUAAGAGAAUUAGCUGCAACUCGUAAACUUCAAUAUCAACAAACAUACCAACAUACUCAACGUUAUGUUUAUCAAGAAUGGUUACAAACAGAAACAGAAUUAACGAGAGAACGUGGACUUUGGGGGCCUCCUACUCCAACAGUUCUUGAUAAAUGGAUGUUAGACAUGACCGAAGGGCCAUGUAGAAUGCGUAAAAAGAUGAUAAAAAAUGAACUUUUUUACAUUCACUAUCCAUAUCGACCAGAGUUAGAUCAUCCAGAUAACAAACAACUCAAAUAUAAAGUAGCAACGAGUUUGGAUAGUAAAAUAUAUUAUUUGAAACAAGUUGGAAAUUCAUCAGGAAUGUUUGAACGUGAACGUGAUCCAGUAAUUGAUGAUAUUCCUUUGACAAUGAGUGAAGGAUCAACUGAAAAUGAACCUCCAAUGGUUCCUUGUACUCUUGAAAGACAUGCAAGUGAACCUGAUGAAGCCCCAGAAGAUAAUGAACAAGAAGAAGAGAACAAUCAAGCGGUUCCUGACAAUCAAACACUAUUAAGAUUACUUGAAGAACAUGAAAAAAUAAGCCAUAUGUUUAGGUGUGCUAGAAUUCAGGGAUUAGAUACAACAGAAGGUCUCCUCUUAUUCGGAAAAGAACAUUUUUAUGUUAUUGAUGGUUUUACAUUAUUAAAAUCUCGAGAAAUUCGUGACAUUGAAAGUCUUCCAGAAGCUUAUGAGCCAAUUCUUCCAUCUCCAGGUUCUCCAAGACGAUCACGAGCUAUGAGACAAUGUUCCAAGUUUAAUUAUGAAGAUAUUCGAGAAGUGCAUAAACGGCGAUAUUUAUUACAACCAAUGGCAUUGGAAGUUUUUAGUGCUGAUGGACGAAAUUAUCUUUUAGCAUUUCCACGAAAAGUUCGAAAUAAAGUUUAUCAAAGAUUUAUGACAUUUGCAACAGCCAUAGCGGAUAGUGCUCAUCAAUCAGUUGCUGGACAAAAGAGGACUGCUAAUGUAGAACAGGCCACUGGUCUAUUGUCUAAUUUAAUCGGUGAAACUUCAGUAACUCAACGAUGGGUAAGAGGAGAAAUUUCAAACUUUCAAUAUUUGAUGCAUUUAAAUACCUUAGCAGGCCGAAGUUACAACGAUCUCAUGCAAUAUCCAAUAUUUCCUUGGAUAUUAGCAGAUUAUGAUUCUGAAGAAUUAGAUUAUAAUGAUCCAUUGACAUUUAGAGAUUUUACAAAACCUAUGGGUGCACAAAGUCCUGAAAGGUUACUUCAAUUUAAAAAGAGAUAUAAAGAAUGGGAUGAUCCACAUGGAGAAACUCCACCUUAUCAUUACGGAACUCAUUAUUCUUCAGCAAUGAUUGUUUGUUCUUAUUUAGUCAGGAUGGAACCUUUUACUCAACAUUUUUUAAGACUUCAAGGUGGUCAUUUUGAUUUAGCUGACAGGAUGUUUAACAGUAUUAAAGAAGCGUGGUUAUCAGCAUCAAAGCAUAAUAUGGCUGAUGUAAAAGAACUUAUUCCUGAAUUUUUUUAUUUACCAGAAUUUUUAGAAAAUUCAAAUCAUUUUGAUUUAGGAUCAAAACAAAGUGGAGUUCAGCUAGGUGAUGUUGUACUACCUCCAUGGGCUAAACAAGAUCCAAGGGAAUUCAUUAGAGUUCAUAGAUUGGCUUUAGAAUGUGACUAUGUAUCGCAAAAUCUUCAUCAUUGGAUAGAUUUAAUAUUUGGUUGUAAACAAAAUGGACCAGCAGCUGUAGAAGCUGUUAAUGUAUUUCAUCAUUUAUUUUAUGAAGGAAAUGUUGAUAUUUAUAACAUUGAUGAUCCUUUGAAGAAAAAUGCUACGAUUGGAUUCAUAAAUAAUUUUGGUCAAAUACCAAAACAACUUUUUAAGAAACCUCAUCCCUGUAAGAAAAUGAAUCAAAGAAUUAGUGUGAUAGAUCCUGGGCCAAUAACACCUGGAUUAAGUAUCACAGUAUCAGAUCGAUUAUUUUUUCACAAUCUUGAUAAUUUAAAACCUUCAUUACAGCCAAUUAAAGAACUUAAAGGACCAGUUGGUCAAAUAUUACAUGUAGAUAAAACUGUGUUAGCAGUUGAACAAAAUAAAACACUUAUUCCACCUUCAUUUAAUAAAUACGUAGCUUGGGGAUUUGCUGAUCAUUCAUUGAGAAUAGGAAAUUAUGACAGUGAAAAGGCUAUUUUUGUUUGUGAAGCAAUGAUGCAAAGUAGUGGAGAAAUAGUUGCUUGUGUUUGUCCGUCACCUAAAUUAAUAGUCACAGCUGGAACUAGUUCUGUCGUGACAGUCUGGGAGUAUUCUAAACGUCAAUUGUCUAUAAAACAAUGUCUUUAUGGCCACACUGAAGCUGUAACAUGUCUUUCUUCAAGUCCUGCAUACAACGUUAUUAUUUCAGGUUCUAGAGAUGGUACAGCUAUUAUUUGGGAUUUAUCUCGAUGUUUAUUUGUAAGGCAAUUAAGAGGUCACGCUGGCCCUGUUGCUGCUGUAGCUAUAAAUGAUCUUACUGGAGAUAUAGCUACUUGUGCUGCUACAUGGCUUCACGUUUGGAGCAUCAAUGGAGAAGAGUUAGCGAGUGUUAAUACAUGUGUUGGUCGUGCUGAUAGAAUGCAACAAAUAUUAUGUGUUGCAUUUAGUCAAACUCAUGAGUGGGAUUCACAAAAUGUCAUUAUGACUGGUUCUACUGAUGGAGUAGCAAGGAUGUGGUCUAUGGAUUAUGUUCAAGUGCCUGCAGAAGAAGAAAAAUUAGAAAAAACUUUUGGAGACAAGGCUAUUAAACGACAACAAAAUAUUGAAGAAGAUAGAACUCAGAGUACAAAAAAAAGGGUUCAUGAAUUAGUUAAACAAAUGAGUAUAUCUGCUGAAGAAUCAGGGAUGCUAAUGAAAAGUGGAUCUGAAAGUAGUCUUUCUGAUGCUGAAAAUUCAAAAGAAGCAUCAAGGAUUCAUGAAGAGAAAGAGGAGUGUUCUGAUAGUGAAUUCAGUAAUGAAUCUAGUAAAAUAUCUUCAAAAAAGAAUCAAUCUUCGACGGUUGUUAUGAGAAGGAAAAGUAGAGGAAAUCCAAUGUUUAGAAAAAGUGAGGGUGGUGGUAGAGCUGAUAGUGAAGGAACUCAAGUCAAUGAAUCACCAUGUAUUAUUAAUGAUUCUGAAGGUGCUUUGAGAACUAGUAAAAGUGACACUAGUCUUACAGACAGUUUUGUCAUGGUAAAUGAAGCAGAUACUAAACCAAAAAAAAUAAAUCCACAAAAUAUUUUAAGGGAUGGCUUUAAAUGGCAAAGACAAUUAGUAUUUCGGAGUAAAUUAACAAUGCAUACUGCUUAUGAUCGUAAAGAUAAUGCCGAGCCUGCUUCGAUAACAGCAUUAGCAGUAUCUCGAGAUCAUAGAACUGUUUAUGUUGGUGAUACACGUGGAAGAGUGUUUUCUUGGAGUGUUUGUGAACAACCAGGACGUACUGUUGCUGAUCAUUGGUUAAAAGAUGAAGGCGCUGACUCUUGUGUUGGAUGUGGAGUACGAUUUAAUCUUUAUGAAAGGAGACAUCACUGCAGAAAUUGUGGUCAAGUUUUUUGCUCAAAAUGUAGCAGAUUCGAGUCUAAAAUAUCGAGAUUAGGAAUUCUUAAACCUGUAAGGGUAUGUCAAGGAUGUUAUUCCCAAUUAAGAUCACAAGGGUCAACAGACAGUAAUAAUACUUAAUACAGAUAAAAUUUUACAUAUGACUUAAAUUAUAUAAUAAACCACCGUAUGUCUUUAUUAUUAUCCACAAAAAUCUGUCUGGAGAAUUACUUAAGAAGUAUACAUAACUUGUUCAAUCAAUUUUGAAAUUAUUAUUAUUUUUAAUUUCUAUUUUUUAUUGAUGAUAAUUUUUAUGAAAUUUUUACACCUACGAAAUGAA